CCCCGCGCUGCAGCUGGCGGCUGUGACAUGUGCUCACAGGAAGACUUCCAGGCACGGAGGAGCCAGCUGGUGGCACUGUUGGUCUCGGGGUCCUUGGAGGGCUUUGAGAGCAUCUUGGACUGGUUGCUGUCCUGGGAUGUGCUGUCCUGGGAGGACUAUGAGGGUCUCCGUCUCCCUGGCCAACCUCUCUCCCAUUCUGCCAGGCGCCUACUGGACACAGUCUGGAACAAGGGUGAUUGGGGCUGUCAGAAGCUUCUUGAAGCUAUCCAGGAGGCCCAGGCCAACAGUCACACCCUUGAACUGCAUGACAGCUGGGACACUCACUCCCUUCAUCCCACCAGAGACCUGCAGAGUCACCGGCCAGCCAUUGUCAGGGAACUCUACAACCACAUAGAAGCCGCGCUGGAGCUGGCAAGGGAGAGGGGAUUCCUGAGUCAGUACGAAUGUGACGAGAUCAGGCUGCCAAUCUUCACGUCAUCGCAGAGGGCAAGAAGGCUGCUUGAUCUUGCCACAGUGAAGGCAAAUGGACUGGCUGCCUUCCUUCUGCAGCACAUCAAGAAAUUACCUUCACUGCUCCUGACUUCCGAAGCUGCUGAGUGCCAAAGGUUCAUCUCGAAGCUGAGGACCAUGGUGUCAGCUCAGUCUCGCUUCCUCAGUACUUACGACGGGUCAGAGAAUCUUUGCCUGGAGGAUAUAUACACGGAGAACAUCUUGGAGCUGCGGACAGAGGUGGGCACGGCUGGGGCCACGCAGAAGAGUCCCACCGUCCUGGGCCUGGAGGAACUCUUUGGUACCCAUGACCAUCUGAACAAGGAUGCAGACACCGUACUGGUGGUGGGCGAAGCAGGCAGUGGCAAGAGUACCCUCUUGCAGCGGCUGCACUUGUUGUGGGCCACGGGGCAGAACUUCCAGCAGUUUCUCUUCGUUUUCCCAUUCAGCUGCCGGCAGCUGCAAUGCAUGGCCAAACCGCUGUCUCUAAGGACGCUGCUCUUUGAGCACUGCUGUUGGCCGGAUGUUGCCCAGCAGGAUGUCUUCCAGUUCCUCCUUGACCAUCCUGACCGUGUCUUGUUAACCUUCGACGGCUUGGAUGAGUUCAAGUUCCGGUUUACCGACCGGGAGCGUCACUGCUCCCCAACCGACCCCACCUCAGUCCAGACCCUGCUCUUCAACCUCCUUCAGGGGAACCUGUUGAAGAACGCCUGCAAGGUGCUGACCAGUCGUCCAGACGCCGUGUCAGCGCUCCUCAGGAAGUUCGUCCGGACCGAAUGCCACCUCAAGGGCUUCUCCGAAGAAGGCAUCGAACUAUACCUGAGGAAGCACCACCGGGAACCCGGAGUGGCAGACCGCCUCAUCUGCCUGCUCCAAGCCACAUCAGCCCUGCACGGUUUGUGCCACCUCCCUGUCUUCUCAUGGAUGGUGUCCAGAUGCCACCAGGAACUGUUGCUGCAGAAUGGGGAGUUCCCGACAACCAGCACAGACAUGUACCUCCUGAUCCUCCAGCAUUUCCUGUUGCACGCCUCCCCCCCAGAUUCCUACCCCCUCGGUCUGGGACCUCGGCUCCUUCAAAGCCGGCUCUCCACCCUGCUGCACCUUGGCCACCUGGCUCUCCAGGGCCUGGCCCUGAGCUGCUAUGUGUUCUCAGUCCAGCAGCUCCAGGCAGCACAGGUUGACUCUGAGGACAUUGCUCUUGGCUUCCUGGUACGUGCCCAAAGCGUUGUGCCCGGGAGCAAGGCACCCCUGGAAUUCCUGCACAUUACCUUCCAGUGUUUUUUCGCCGCGUUCUACCUGGCAGUCAGUGCGGACACAGCGGCAGCCUCCCUCAGGCACCUCUUCGGCUGUGGCCGGCUGGGCAGCUCACUGCUGGUUAGACUGCUGCCCACUCUGUGUAUCCAGGGCUCCAGAGUCAAGAAGGGCAGCGAAGUGGCUCUCCUACAGAAAGCUGAGCCACACAACUUGCAGAUCACAGCAGCCUUCCUAGCGGGCCUGUUGUCCAAGGAGCAUCGGGACCUGCUAGUCGCAUGCCAGAUCCCUAAGAGGGUGCUACUCCAGCGCCACGCAUGUGCCCGCUCAUGUCUGGCCCAAAGCCUUCGGGAACACUUCCACAACAUCCCACCUGCUGUGCCCGGUGAGGCCAAAAGCAUGCAUGCCAUGCCUGGCUUCAUUUGGCUUAUCCGGUGCUUGUAUGAGAUGCAGGAGGAGCAGUUGGCACAGGAGGCUGUGCGUCGCUUGGACAUUGGGCACCUGAAGUUAACAUUUUGCAGAGUGGGCCCUGCAGAGUGUGCUGCUCUGGCCUUUGUGCUGCGGCACCUCCAGCGGCCUGUGGCCCUGCAGCUGGACCACAACUCUGUUGGCGAUGUUGGCGUUGGGCAGCUGCUGCCCUGCCUUGGUGUCUGCACAGCACUGUAUUUGCGAGAUAACAACAUCUCAGACAGAGGUCUCUGCACACUGAUCGAGUAUGCCCUUCACUGUGAGCAGCUGCAGAAGCUCGCUCUCUUCAACAACAAGCUCACAGACAGCUCUGCCUACUCCAUGGCCAAGCUCCUUGCACACAGGCAGAACUUCUUGUCACUGAGGGUGGGCAACAAUCACAUCACAGGUGCUGGAGCCCAGGUGCUGGCCCAGGGACUCAAGAACAACACCUCUCUGAAGUUCCUGGGGUUCUGGGGCAACAGUGUGGGCGAUAAGGGUGCCCAAGCUCUAGCCGAAGCUGUGGCUGAUCACCAGAGUAUGAUGUGGCUCAGCCUGGUGGGGAACAACAUUGGCAGCAAGGGUGCCCAGGCCCUAGCACUGAUGCUAGAGAGGAACAAGGCACUGGAGGAGCUCUGCCUGGAGGAAAACCAUAUCUGUGACGAAGGGGUGUGUUCUCUUGCAGAAGGACUGAAGAGAAAUUCAAGUUUAAAAAUCUUGAAGCUGUCCAACAAUGGCAUUACUUACCGGGGUGCAGAAGCCCUCCUGCAGGCCCUCAGCAGGAAUAGUACCAUUCUGGAAGUUUGGCUCCGAGGGAACACCUUCUCCCUGGAGGAAGUCGAAGCACUCAGCUCCAGUGACAGCAGACUCCUGCUAUGACCUCUCAGCCUUGGAGGUGUGGACUCUGGAGGCUGAAGAGCUCCAGGCAACAUCCCCAUGCUACUCAGGGCUGGACUUUUCUCCUGGGAGCACUAUAGUCACCUUCUGAUAGCAGAAAAAGAUGCUCCAGUGCCCUCCAGAACUGACUUCUCCCAA